AUGUAUAUAUACUAUAGCUACAUAAAGUACUCCCCUAUAUAUCUCAAGAACGAUGUAUUUCACUCACGGGAAUUAUAUAUUUUGUAUCCUUCUUCUGUAGCUGGGCCCCAAAGCCCCAAGAACCCACACCACCUACCACCUCAAAGAACAAAAGAUCAAGAUCAAGAAUCAUAUGCUAUCAAUUCAAUUGAUCCUACCGCUUCCCUCACAGCAAGCAAAGAGUAA